CUUGGAACAUCAGGGAUUCUUUCGCCAGACGCAUUCACCCGUGCGUUCCUCCGGACUAGUUACACACACACUCUCUCUUCCUGUCUCCUCCAAUCCACACAUCCUAACAUCCUCACAUCCAUCCGUCCUCCACGAAUCCAUCCGUCUUCCAUGUCACACACGUCGAAACACACCUAUACCUUUUAUCGCUGGAUAUGAAAACCACGCCUACGUUUUCCUCCGAUAAUUGACCAUCUACUACAAUACCAUUGAUGGUCACGACCUCUGAUUCUAAUAUACAACCAUGGCCGACGGCUUGAAGAUAAAGUGUUCCACCUGUGGGGUGGACAUCGACAUUGCGCAACUGGCAGAUCAUAUUUGUGCUCCAGCUUCGGCCUCCACACGACAAGAUGAUUCCCUUGCUUCGCCUGCACUUAAUCGCGCGGCGACCUUCGGUUCGCCUACGAUGUCGUUCAAUAGCACACAAGACCAACCACGUGGUGGACGAACGAAACCUCCUCCUAUGAUUGACUCUGCUGCUGCCAACAAACCUUUCUACCCCCAGAAGCAACUUUCUCCAAACAACCCUUACAACGACCCUCGCUCCUUGUCUCCAGUUUCUCCAGGAUCACGACCUAGUAUGAACAGAAGUGCGACUAGCCCUGUGCCACAACAGAGAGGACCUCCUCCUCCCAACAUGUCUUCAAACAUGGACUCCGCCUUUCCUCCCUUCCCAAGCGCUCGAACAGGCACGCCCAUGAGCAGCAGAACUCAAUAUAGCGAAAGAUCGAAGCCAUCGUAUAGACAUCAAUAUGCAGAAGCAAGCCCACAGUAUGCGCCACUGAGUCCUCGCUUCAAUGGGGGUGCCGCUAUUGCGAAACGAAUGGACAGCAUUGCGCCUGGUCCCUUUGACGGAAGCGAUCGCAGACCCAGCACGGCUGACGAGAGGGGAGCUCCGCAAAACAUGGAAUUCGGUCACAGACGUACCGCUACGCAAGGUAGUGUGAAGAGCAUCGGGAGGAGCGCUAACACACGAACGUCGCUGGCCUCUACUGCAUCACGAACUUCAGCAUACUCUUCGACCACUAACGGAUUACCAUCUCGGCCCAGGCCAGGGAGGGAUGGAGUCCCGGAACUUCCUCCUCCACCACCGCCACCUGUAGUUGAAAAGACGGAAGGCAUUGAUGCCUUCCUUGACAGGCUUCAGAAGGAGACCAUGGGGGCCGGCGACCGACCAAGGACAUCGCAUUCCCGGAACGCAAGUAGAAACACCAAUGGGUCACCUCCCCGCCCAAUACGGCCCGAAGACAUCGACAGGGCAUUGCCACGUCUUCCAGUAUUCGAUACAUCAGCUCCACGGCCUAACAACGAAUUUCCUGUCCGAAGCACUAGUCGCGGAGGCUCAAAAUUACCCGCACGCCUAGAUACACAGCAGCCUUUGCUUCCUCCAUUACCAACAAAUCCCCUUCAUACGCCGUCUGACUCAGGCCAGUCAGAUGAUUCUUAUUCUAGCGCAGGCUUUGCCAGUGUCGCAAGUUCACGAUCAAGCCCUCCGACUUCUGAACCUUCACAUUCCCGGAACACUUCCAAGGUUGCUCGAGUUGAUUACGGAAGGGAGCAAGAGGAUAUUCCUAGAGCAGACAGUCCGGAAUCCUUUCUCGAUCCUCGCACUCCUCCCAAACCACUUAGGCGUAACGAACCCGCAGGUUUCGAUCGACCAGGAAUAUCAGAGUCCCUAUUACCACCCCAACCAUCUUUCUUCAACCCCCCUGAGUCCCCCAUGGACCCAGCUAUUCAGCGAGGAUUGGACUACAGUCGCCGGCCAUCGCCAACACGAAUGAUGAGCAGAGGUGACGAUGAACUGAUGCUCCCUCCCCCACCACCCGUCCCUCAGCCCGAGUCGAGAGCCCCUCCCACACGGCGCCCAACAGCAGCGAGCAAGGGCAACUGCCGCGGAUGCUCCAAUCCCAUCAUCGGCAAAUCGAUCAAGGACUCAUCCGGCCGUCUGACAGGCCGGUAUCAUAAGGAGUGCUUUUCUUGCAGGACCUGCAGAAGCCCAUUUCCAACCGCGGACUUCUACGUUUUCAAUAACUUUCCAUACUGCGAACAUCACUAUCACCAGCUAAACGGCUCGCUCUGCAAGACCUGCAACCGAGGUAUUGAAGGCCAGUACUUGGAGACGGAUGCGCGCCUGAAGUUUCACCCUCGAUGCUUCACAUGUCUAACAUGCCGGGUCAUUCUCCGCGACGACUACUUCGAAGUCGGCGGGAGAGCAUACUGCGAGCGGCAUGCUUUCGCCGCUCAAAGGAGCAAUCACGGCCUCUUCCCUGGAGAGAAUCCGUCCAGAAACAUGCAGAAACGCCGGACCAGACUCAUGAUGAUGUAGGAGGACGGCCCGUCCGCGUCUUUGUUUCUGUCACGUUACCUGUCAUCUUCUCUCUCCCAUCGUGUUAACACUCCUUCUGCAUUGGUUUAGCGUUUUGUUUAAGUUAUCUUGUUACCUCUUGUUGGUGGCAAAGAGCCACCCUUUUUUGUCGGUUGUUUUAUACCCCAAUACCUUCACUUUUGGCGUGCAUUACCUUGUACCCAAUUUUUCUUAUUAUA